AUGGAAAAAGAGAGGCACGAUAAGAAGAGGAAUAAUAAGAGUGACUCUGAUACUGAUUCAGAUCAUGGUGAGAAUCUGAAGAACUUUAUGGCGUUUACAACCUUGGGUUCUGUGAAGAAGUCUGCGGUGGAAUCUGUGUCAUCGUCUGUGUCAUCAUCUGUGUCAGGGUCUACACGUGGAGAUGAUGAUGCUGCUGGAAGUGAGGAUGAUGCUAAGGGUUUCGAUCUGGAGAAAGUCAAGCUAGAGGCUCAGAUUGGUGAAGCUUUGAAACAUGCUUCAGUGAAAGAAGAAGAAGAAGCAAGACAAGCUAGAGUUCAACUUGAAGAAACUCAGAAAGGUCUGAGGAUGCUUAAUACUGGUACAGAUCAGUUGGAUCAUCUUCUCAGCAUUGGGCAAAGUGAUCGGUGUGGUCUCGGGUUCAAGGGUAAAUCUUCUAAAGGUGAAUGUGUUUUUGUGUCUACUGGUUGCGACUGCUACUGCGACUGCAAUAAAGGCUUCUACUGUGACUGUCCAAGGACUGGUGAAGUAACUGCUGCAAGGGCUGCGACAGCGACUGCUGCAAGGGCUGCGACAGCGACUGCUGCAAGGGGUGCAACUGCUACAAGGAAAACUCUAGAAGUGCAGAGUGCACCUCGACGAGCUUGUGUUCCUGUUUGUCAUCAUUGUGGAGUUCGUGGUCAUAUUAGGCCAAGGUGUUUCAAGCUGUUGAGGGAGAAACAUCAGAUGAAGCAAACAUAUGGUAUGAGGUUUCAUAAUCCAGUAUGUUAUUGUGAAGCUGAAGGUCAUGUUCAGUGUGGUGGGCUUAAUUCUGGUCAUAAAGCUAAUCAUGGAGGGAUAAGGCUCAUGGAUACGUGGUCUGGAAGAUCUGGUCAUUAUGGAGAUGGUGGAAUGAGUUUCUAUCCUCAGUAUGGAGGAUGGCGAUCAUCUUCAUAUUAG